AUGAAAAAACAAAUUAACAAUAGUAAAAAAACUGAAGUUAUUAAACCAGAAGUUACCAAAGAAACAGUUUCAAAAACUGUAACUAAAACAGCACCAGUAAAUUCAAAUUGGAAUAAAAUUAAAGAAAAGAUUAAAAAUAAAAAUUCAGCAUACCAAAAAAAGAAAGAAACUAAAGCCAAGUUAAAAUCAGCAACACCAUACACAAGCACAAAAGUUGAAGAAGUCAUUACCUAUAUUAAAGAUUUUGAUGAGUUAUGUAAUAAAUAUGAAAUAGAACCAAUCGAAUUAAAUAGUGAUUUAGUUGUACCAUCAGAUAAAGAAUUAAGUAAAAUUAAUGAAUCAUCAUCUUUUUUUUCUAUCGAUUGUAAAAUUAUUCAAAUUGAAGGUACCAAUAAAAGUGCAUUAGGUAAAAUUUGUAUUUGUAAUCAAAAUGGCGAAAUUGUUUACGAAAGAAUUUCCAAACCAAUGGAGAAAAUUAUAGAUUGCAGAGGUAAAUUUACAGGCUUAACAAAAGAUAUAGUCAACAAACAGGGUGCAGAAUUUUUAGAGAUUCAAAAACAGGUCGAAAAAAUUAUUAGAAAUAAAAUUAUUAUUGGUCACGAUUUAACCUAUGACUUGAAAGCAUUAAAAUUGGUCCACAAAAAGAAGUUAUUAAGAGAUGCAACUCAAUUCCCAACAUUUUUCAAUCCAGAAACCAACUCUGAGGAUUCUUUAAAAUCAAUAGUUAAACGUGAAUUAUUAUUCUCACCAGACAAAUGGGAUAUCUCAGGUAAAAGAGAUACAGUUUUAAAUGUUAUUCUUUAUAAAAAAUAUAAAAAAGAAUGGGAAGCUUUUAUAAAUAAUAAAUUUUAUGGCAAUAAAAUAAAUAAUAAUAGUAAAUAA